CACCACACAGCUGUCGGGGAGCGAUUGUUACGUCAUUUCCACGACCUAGUAACAGGCAGAGAUUACUCCAAUGCUAACGCCCAGGGACAGGGAUUGGCAUUUUCUCCCUGGAGAGGCCAGCCCAGGGCCUGGCGUGGAGGCCGCACAGCGGGGCGCCGGGCGUGCCUGGAGGGUCUGACCGCACCCCGACCUCUUGCACAGGCAAGUAUGUCCGCAAGCCGUGCAGCAGCCCCCACACCCGGAGCAAGUGUGAGGCGUGUGGCACAGGGACGUACACGGAACACGCCAACGGCCUGCGGUCCUGCCUGCUGUGCACCACCUGCCGCGAGGACCAGGAGAUGGUGAGUGACUGCACCCCGAAACAGGACCGGCGGUGCCAGUGCAAGACCGGGGAGUUCUACUGCGACUCUGAGGACUGCCUGGAGGGCUGCCACCGCUGCACCAGCUGUCCCGGCGCCACCCUCCAGACCUGCAUCGCCACGAGGGACACCGUGUGCGCCCCAGCAGCCCGGCCAGAGCCAGGACCCCCAUCCGGUUCCCUGGCUGUCAGCGCCUUGUGUUGAUGUUCCUUGUGAAAGGAGACACUGAGGCAAGCCUGGCGUGCAGGAGGAAGUAGAGCAGAGGGCUACCGCUCGCUCAGGCGUGUAGCCAAGACCCUCUGAUGCCUUCUGGCUUUUAUUGAAGUGAGCACAGCAAACAACAAUGGAGUACAGCAAGUGACAGUGAUUAACAGGCAUGCUUAUGAGAUCAUCUGAGCUAAGUUAUAUAUUACACUAUUAAUUUCCUAUGUUAUACAAAGACUAUUUCCACCUGCAGCAGUGCGCCCUCCCUGAACUUUCCACGCCCUCAUGGACUGUUUAUCACGUCAAGGAAAGUUCUGCCUUGGAACAAUAAGUCUCGCGUGCAAGACUUUGUUCUGACGCGGCCGCUUGCAGGCCCCCGCCUUCUCCCGGCAGAGCGUCCUCUUCUAGUAACUUCUUUCCGCCUGACCGGCUACAUUUCCCCCUUUUUUGUUCUGCUUCAGGUUCAUGACGUAAAAAAUAGCACUGCGUUGAUUGUUCACUGCUGCGGCUUUACGGGAUCUUCUGCAGACUAAAUAUAGAACAAAGCAAAGUAUUAAUACUAGUAAUUACAACCCUGAGGAAGUUCCCAUUAAUGCUUUAAUAUGUGGGAUAGGAUUCAUAUUUUGUAUCUCAUUAACAAGACUUUGUAAAACUUGCUGUCCGGUUACCUCCUCUAAUCUCUUUUGAAAUGUUGUGUGAAUAUGAUCUUGAAGAUCAAUAAUUUCUUUGUUAAAUUGCCAUGGUUCAAUAAAUGUUUCUUAACCUUAUCCCAAGGAAAGCUGUCUCAUUGUAAGGCACAGGGGUGAUACACUGACCAGUAUGGUUCCAAUCACAUUUUAACUGUAAUCGCCUUUGCAGGCUCACAAUUUGGUCCCCUAAUAAAGCUACUGAUUGUUCAA